AUGAAAAAUACUCUAUUUUUGUUGGCUGUUUUAUGUUUUAUACAUGAAGCCGUAGGGAUCAAAAGAUUUUUAUUUGACAGCUGUAAAGAGGGAGGACAUCGUUGGGUCAAAUGCUACGGAUGUUUCUGUAAACAUGAACAACAUUUAGAGUGUUUAGAUUGCACUAGAUGUAAAGGUCUGAGCUGUAAAGAUCAAACAGAUGCGCCAAAGACUCAUGCACCUCACAUAACUCAUGCACCGCAUGCAACUCAUGCACCCCAUAAAACUCAUGCACCAGUUGUUACCCAUGCACCAUUUACUACAAAGUCAACACAUACCAGUGUAUGUGACAUCGUUGCUAUUUUUGAUGCCGUUGCAAGAAAUCAAUUUGUCCAUAACUCACGAGCUGCACAAUGUCCUAACGAUGAUGGUCACCAUGAUAAUGAUGCCUUAGUUAUGACACUGUGCAACGCCCCUGUCAGUUCUGAAUGGGUUGAAGGCGAACAGGUACUUUUAAGGAAUGGCACGUGUUCAGAAUUAGCUAAACCGUACACUCCAGUAUUUUAUCAUCCGCGGAAAAAUGUAAGACAUGCAGGCAUACUUAUAUCAUGUGAUGGAAAUGAAAUAAGGGUUUUCCAUCAAGAAUGCGAUACUACUCCAGAAGUUUUGCAUGUGGAAUCAGCACCACUCGAUAAAAUAUAUGUAUUAACAUGGGCUUGAAUAAAGACAAAUUCGAAAGUGUAA